CCAGGCUCAGUCCCCAGAUGAAGGUGCCCUUGUCACUGCUGCCAGGAACUUUGGCUUUGUGUUCCGUUCCCGCACGUCUGAGACAAUCAUGGUAGUCGAAAUGGGGGAAACCAGAAUCUACAAACUGCUAGCUAUCUUGGACUUCAACAAUGUGCGCAAGAGGAUGUCUGUGAUUGUGAGGACACCUGAAAACCGUGUAAUGUUGUUCUGCAAGGGUGCAGACACCAUCCUCUGCCAGCUACUUCAUCCAUCCUGUAGAUCCCUCAGAGACGUGACCAUGGAACAUUUAGAUGAUUUUGCCAGUGAUGGCCUUCGUACCCUCAUGGUGGCCUACCGAGAAUUGGACAAUGCCUUCUUCCAGGACUGGAGCAGGAAGCACAGCGAAGCCUUCCUGUCUUUGGAGGAUCGGGAAAAUAAAAUAUCAAUUGUCUAUGAAGAGAUUGAAAAAGACUUGAUGCUGUUAGGGGCCACAGCCAUAGAAGACAAGCUGCAGGAUGGAGUACCUGAGACGAUCAUCACCCUGAGCCAAGCCAAAAUUAAAAUAUGGGUCUUAACUGGAGAUAAGCAAGAGACUGCUGUGAACAUUGCCUAUGCCUGUAACAUAUUUGACGAUGAAAUGGAUGGGAUGUUUAUCGUGGAAGGCGAGGAUAAUGAGACUGUGUGGCAAGAACUCAGGUCAGCAAGGGAAAAGAUGAAACCCCAGUCUCUACUGGAAUCAGACCCAAUAGAUGAUUACCUCACUACAAAGCCCAGAAUACCCUUCAAGAUACCUGAGGAGGUGCCCAGUGGCAACUAUGGCUUGGUCAUCAAUGGCUACAGUCUGGCCCACGCUCUAGAAGGGAACCUGGAGUUAGAACUGCUGCAAACGGCGUGCAUGUGCAAGGGGGUGAUCUGCUGCCGGAUGACACCCCUUCAGAAGGCCCAGGUGGUAGAGCUGGUGAAGAGGUACAAGAAGGUGGUGACACUGGCCAUCGGGGAUGGGGCCAAUGACGUCAGCAUGAUCAAAGCUGCCCACAUUGGAGUCGGCAUCAGCGGUCAGGAGGGAAUGCAGGCCAUGCUCAACAGCGACUUCGCCUUCUCUCAGUUCUGCUAUCUUCAGCGUCUACUCUUGGUCCACGGCCGCUGGUCCUACAAUCGCAUGUGCAAGUUUCUCAGCUACUUCUUUUACAAAAACUUUGCCUUCACUCUGGUGCACUUCUGGUAUGCCUUCUACAGUGGGUUCUCUGCUCAGACAGUUUAUGAUACCUGGUUUAUCACUUUCUACAACCUGGUCUACACCUCCCUCCCUGUCCUGGGCUUGAGUCUCUUUGACCAGGAUGUGAAUGAAACAUGGAGCCUACGUUUCCCAGAGCUGUAUGAGCCAGGCCAGCACAACCUCUAUUUCAACAAGAAGGAAUUUGUGAAGUGUUUAGUGCAUGGGAUCUACAGCUCCUUAGUGCUGUUCUUUAUCCCUAUGGGGACCAUUCACAAUUCAGUGCGCACUGAUGGGAAGGAAAUCUCCGACUACCAGUCCUUCUCCACAAUAGUGCAGACCUCCUUGCUCUGUGUGGUCACAAUGCAGAUUGCCCUGGAGACAACCUACUGGACAAUGAUAAGCCACAUCUUCACCUGGGGUAGCCUGGGUUUCUACUUUUGCAUCUUAUUCUUCCUGUACAGUGAUGGCUUGUGCCUAAUGUUCCCCAACGUCUUCCAACUCCUAGGUGUGGCCAGGAACACUCUGGACUGGCCACAAGUGUGGCUGAGUGUUGUCCUCAGCAUGGUCCUCUGUAUGCUGCCUGUGAUUGGGUACCACUUUCUCAAACCAUUGUUCUGGCCUGUCCGUGUGGACAAGGUUAUUGACAGAAUUCAUCAUUGCAUGAGCCAUCCACUGCCACCCCGAAUCCGGACCAGACUGAAACAUGCAGGCUCUCGACGUUCUGCCUAUGCAUUUUCCCAUAAACAGGGCUUUGGGGCCCUCAUCACUUCUGGCAAGACAUUGAAGGCCAAAUUUCCCAAGAAAAACAGCUUUCCUUUUAAAAAGUAGAGGCAUAUGGCAAAACCCCAAAGGGAGUCAGUCAUUGCUCUUCCCUUGUAUUCAUGCAACAGGUAUGAAUUAUGAAGGGACUAGAGUCCCUGGAAAACUAGCAUAAACCUGCCCUCCACUCUCACUCCCGGAGCUCAGUUUCUUCAUUCCCUAGAAGGCUGUGCCCAGGUAAGGCAAGGAAAAGGUAAAGAAAGAGCCCCUAGAUAUCUGUCAGAGUUACAGCACUUCAAGAAAAAGCGAUGUCAGGCCUCCCUUCUACCAACCCUUCCAAGUUUUAAUUCAUAGAAACAUAUGUGGAAGUAAUGGGUGAAGAGGGGGAAUGUGAGGAAGGGAAAAGAAAAUAGGACCUAAGAAUCUGAGUUUGGGCCCUGUUUCUUAUACCUGGAGCAACCAUAAACUUUGCUAGUGCCCCACACAAACAUAUUCAUCCAGGCCCCCUUCUCAGGUUUGAGGAAUUCAGGGUGAGUCUUUAGCCAGCCUGGGUAGCAAAAAGAGGCAGCAGCUGUGAAAAGUCAGUCAAAAGAAGCUAAAGGAGAGUUUCUGGACCAGGAAAAGAAUGGAGAUGGUCCCUGCCUUGAUAGGACAGCUCUAGACUUGGCCACCUUCUCCUUUCUUUGACCUCUGUGACCCGAGAACUGACACUUUUUCAGGUCUCAGCACUGGGAGAGGGAGACUGUAGGGAAUUUUUAAAAAUCUUUUUUGAGGGACAUAAGUCAAUAUUGGUGAAUAUUUGUCUUCAUUCCACAAAAUUAUUCUGAGAAGAAAUUGUACGUACUUGGGAAAUUGUUUCUAAGAAGAUUAUAGAGAAGUAAUAAAUUGCUUAUUUUGGAGUGGA